AGAACGCCGCCUCUGCCCGAGCGUGCUCCGCCCGCGGUGCCGCGCGCGCGCGCCCCCCUGGGUGAGCGCCCCCUUAGCCUUCGGGGGCGGCCCGAUGGCUCUGCCCGGCUGCCCGCAGAGCCAGCAGGAGCACGCCGAAGUUUGGAACUUUCUGAUGGACUGCACGCGGCUCCAGGAGGUGAUGCGGUUGCGGGAGGAGAUCAUCGCCAUCGCGGCGAGGACGCCCACCGGUGACCCGGCAGCCUUCAUCGCGGCGCUGGCCCCCCGCUGCGCCGCGUGGCGGGGCGCCUGUGUGCAGUUCCUCGGCGCCCGGGCGCCAGCGCCAGGCUCAUUGCAUCAUGCACCGAAGUCUCCAGCCUCCACGACGGCGUCGGCCUCGCGGGAGCAGACCCCUGCGUCCUGCGCGGCGUCCGCCGCGUGGUCCCCGCUGUCGGCGGCGGCUUGCGGGCAGGAGGAACUGACCCACCCGCUCGAGUUGCUGGACGAGCUCAGCUUCGGCGUCCCGCUGGGCCCGGAAGGCGCCCCCGGCGGCGCCGCCGAGGCGCCGGCCGGUGCGACCGCAGGAGGCUCGGGCACCGCAGAGGCC